AUGAGAACAAGAGCUUCAGGUGGUGGGAAGCCUCUUCACUGGACAUCCUGCCUUAAAAUAGCAGAGGAUUUGGCUACUGGACUGCUUUAUAUCCAUCAGAACCCUGGUCUAACACAUGGCAACUUGAAAUCCUCCAAUGUAUUAUUGGGGUCCGACUUCGAGUCCUGUCUCACUGACUACGGCCUCACCUCAUUCAGAAACCCGGAACAUGAGGAGUCCAGUGCUUCUUCCCUCUUCUACAGAGCCCCUGAAUGUCGUGAUGUGCGAAAGCCCAUCACGCAGCAAGCCGAUGUCUACAGUUUUGGUGUUCUUCUAUUGGAGCUCCUGACUGGCAAGACUCCUUUCCAAGACCUUGUUCAAGAACACGGUUCAGAUAUCCCUCAAUGGGUACGAUCGGUCAGAGAAGAAGAGACCGAGUCUGGUGAUGACCCUGCCUCGAGUAAUGAGGUCUCGGAGGAGAAGCUUGGUGCUCUUUUGAACAUCGCAAUGGCUUGUGUCUCGCUUGCACCCGAGAACCGCCCGGUCAUGAGGGAAGUUUUGAGGAUGGUCAGAGAAGCAAGAGCAGAAGCUCAAGUGUCUUCCAAUAGCAGUGACCAUUCACCAGGAAGAUGGUCAGAUACUGUUCAGAGUUUACCUAGAGAUGAACAUUUAAGCAUUUGAGUGGUAGAUUAAUUAGGCAGCUCAAAAUUAUGUAUUCCGAGUUUUGAAUUUUAGAUUUGAUUCUUCAAUGAGGCAUUGUAGAGUUUCUUCCGUGCAUUGUAGAGCCUAUUGGUGUAAUGACUGUUCAUUCAUGUUCUUUUAUAGUUUUAGUUACUUCUCAGUUUGUUGGAACAAGUUU